CCCACCUUUCGUCAUAGCUCAGCUCAACGCGCUGCCCGCCACCUCCCAACCCCACCCAACGACAACAACCACAAUGGCUGCCCCUACACAAAAGUCACAACCGCAGAUGCAAGAAGACGAAUUACUGAAGCGCCCGCUCUAUGUCUACGAUCUCCCCACCACCCUCCUCACCACCCUCACGCUCAAAUCCAUCACCGCCGUCACCGCCGUCACCGCCGUCACCCCCGCGGCGGAUCCCGAACCAACACCAACACCCGCCUCCGAAACCCCCGGCGGCGCAACCUCCUGCGCUCUCUGCUCCAUCACCACACCCAGUGUCCAGCAGCAGCGACAGCACUACCGCUCGGACCUGCACCGCUUCAACACCAAGCUCAAGGCUCGGGGACAGCCCGCAGUGGGGGAAAACGAGUUCGAACGGCUACUUGAGCAGCAGCUUGAGGGGGAGAGCAUCUCCGGCAGUGAAUCCAGCGACGAGGAGGAGGGUGCGGGUGCGGACGAUGAAGAUCGCCUGGUUUCCUUGGUUAGGCGGAAGGCGGUGAUUGUGGAUAGGGAUGGCGAGGGCGAAGAGGUCAGGGGGAGGAGGCAGACUGCCGGGAAUGCCCCCAUCGUCUGGUUCUCCUCCUCCAAGCUGGAGAAGGAGGUGUCGCUGGGCGUGUACCGAGCACUGUUCCCGCGGAAGGAGGUGGAGGAUGGCUAUUUGGAUGCCUUGAAGGGGAUGCAACUACAGGGCGAGACAAGUCCGCAUGUCUUCAUGUGCAUGAUCGGUGGGGGGCAUUUUGCGGCCAUGGUGGUGGGCCUUGCACCGAAGGCGGGGCAGGGCGGGAGGGGCGGCGAGCCCGUUGUGCUAGCGCACAAGACUUUCCAUCGGUACACUACGAGACGGAAACAGGGAGGAUCACAGUCGGCGAACGAUAAUGCGAAGGGCGCCGCACACUCUGCGGGAGCGUCGAUACGACGGCACAACGAGAUGGCGCUGACAGCCGAGGUGCGGGAACUCCUGGCGGGAUGGAAGGAGUAUCUCGACACCGCCGAGCUGCUGUUCGUCAGAGCUACCGGAAUGCAGAAUCGCCGCACGCUGUUUGGCUACGAGGACGCGCCGAUGAAGAGCAAUGAUCCCCGGAUUAGGGGGUUCCCGUUUUCGACACGCAGAGCAACGCAGAGCGAGCUCACCCGCUGCUUUACGGAACUCACGCGAGUCAAGAUCAGCCGUGUCGACGAAGCCGCACUCGCCGCCGCUGCCACCGCCGCGCUCGCGCCCCAGCAACAAUCGAAACUGAAACCUGCCUCUCCCGCGCCCCCACAACAACCCAAACUCUCGCCAGAAGACGAAGCGGCCCUCCUGCAUACCACACAGCUCAUCGCGCUCAUCCGGCGCUCAAAAGCUUCGUCAGUAGUCUCGUACCUGUCAUCUAAUAAACUCCCAGCGCACUUCGCCUUCUUCCCCCCCAGCCAGCACCACCACUCGCCAACCCCGCUUCACCUCGCCGCAUCCCUCAAUCAUCCCGCAGUAGUAACUGCACUCCUCACCAAGGCCUCCGCCGACCCGACGCUGAAAAACGCAGACGGCAAAACGCCUUUCCUCCUCACUGGCGAUCGGCAGACGCGCGACACCUUCCGCAUCGCGCGCGGCGAGCUCGGUGAGGAGAAAUGGCAGUGGGAGCUCGCCGCCGUUCCCGCACCGCUGAAACGUGCCGAGGUUGAGCAGCGCGAGGCACUCGAGAAAGCGGAGGAGAAGGCGAGGAGGGAGCGUGAAGUGGCGAGGUUGAAGGAGGAGGAGAAGGGGAAGGCGAAGGGGAAGGUAGGGAUAAAGAGUAUGUCGUUGGGCAGUGGAGGUGUGUUCACGGGGUUGGGCAGGAUGGAGGAGGAGAGUAGAGGGUUGACGCCCGAGGCUCGUAUGAGGCUCGACAGGGAGAGGCGCGCCAGGGCCGCAGAGGAGAGGAUGCGGAAGGCAAGGGCGGAAUAGAUUAAGUAAUACGAUUGAAGGUCGGGAGUUAGUUGGGGAAUAUAGAGGGUUUGGAUGACUAGUGAAACGAAGAUGCAUUGCCGGGGAAUACAAUACGGAGUCUAGUCCUGGUGAUCUGAUGU